CAGGAAGGCAGUGCACGCCCGACUGCCGACACGAGCGGAUGGCGUACGUUGCCGCUCGCGCCACGAUUACCUCGUGAUUUUCCUUUCUGUCAGAGAUACCGUCGGUCACCGUUGUCGAUCUCUUGUGACGAGUCACACAGUACUCUAAACUAAACCAUCUAUUGCGAUUGCACACAGUCGGAGUCUUCAAGUUCGUUUGUGACUUUGUGUGCCGCGCUUCGAUCGCGGAAUAAGAAAAAAACAAACGAACGAGCGAGAGACAACAUAAAAGGAAAUAAAGAAACGGAGAAGGCGAAAGGUAGAUUUUCCCCUUUGAUCUUUGUCUCUGGUCGUCGAUUUUCAUCGUGGUCGUUUCGUGUUUUGUCAUCGACGGACAUCGCGUACGUACACGUUUUAACACCACGUGUGUGCGCACGCACGCACGCACCAACUCCAACGACGCACGUAUUUACUAUAUUAUCAGGCCCGCGCGGCUGGCGUACGGGGCGCCCUCCAAAAGUCGUGUGUGCGCGUGCAACCCUACCGGAGCCCGCUGACGUUGGUUACCAUAGUAGCGCGCGUGCCGAUCAGCUGAUCGUUGGGAUCCGAGCGUGUUCGACCGUCGGCAGUCGGCCAGCAGCGGCUCCGUCCACUCGUUUCAUGCGUUCGCGCAACUCGCUUGCCUUUCGCGCCGUGAUUUAGUGAUCAACCAACUAUUUCGUCAACAUCCCAUCUCCCAUUGUGGCAACGCAUAGUUCCAGGAAAAUUUUCGAUACAACUAGACAAACUUGAAUAGAUCGUACAUAACAGUCGGAUUAUCCUCUUAUUCGCUGUUUUUGCGGUUAGAAGGAUGCACUGUUACAUUGUAUCCGUACUGUCAAUCUAAUUAGCCAAGUAAACGACCAGACGUUGGCUCAAGUCUGAUUUGAAGUAGCCAAAGCUGAACUAAGUACGUUGUUCGAGUAAUUCAUUUGUGUGCUUGUGACAAGGAAAACCAAAGCAUUUCGAGAUACACCAUUGCAUACGACUAUCGAGACCUUGCCAUGAUUCACAUCACGCAUUUUAAAUUCAACCGUCCAGAAGCGAAAUUCAACGGAGAUAUGUCCAGCGACAGUGGAUUCGAGUAUUAGAUAUCAUGGUUUGUUUAAUUAAGCGUUGUAAAGUAUCCCGAUUGAAACAUCGAACCAUUUUUGUUGUCGAACGUUUUCAAAUUACAUUCGAACAAAAGUUUAUAGAACGUAAGAAACAAGCUUGGUGAUGGUCGCUGCGUAUUUCUAACCGCGCCCGAUAAUCGAAACUAUGUUCGAUAAAUGAUAACAAUAAACACACGCCGUCUCUCGAAGCAGUAAUUUGCCGUGCGUUAUGUUUUCAACAGCGUUGUCAGGUGACCUUAUGUACGUGACUAACCGUGCGACCAUCAAUGACACCCUACAAAAUCAACAAAACAAACUUAAACUGAAAAACGAUCACUCAUUCAAGUAGAUAUUUCGGGGAAUUACGAAGAACGCCCUUGCCACUUCUCGUAAUCGAUUAAUUUGCAAAUGAAACAAAAUUCAAUCACUUGAAUUAAAUCGAUGUAUCACAGCAUUCGCAAAAAUGAAACAUAAUCAUUUCGAAUCGAUCGAUCAGAAGGUGGUGUUGUAGUGCAGUUUGGAAAAAAUAUCGAUAUAUCGAUAUUGUUUGGUGUCAGGUGUCGCUAGACUGCAGUGAACGAUGAUGGCCACACAGUCUUCGUACGUACGAAAUGAAGAACAGAACGCGUCGGAAUUGGAAGUAACGGUUCUGGUGAAUGAUAAUUUUCAUUAAAACAACAUUCAGGCUCGCUUGGUAAUGGGAUAUCGCAGAAUGUGAAAGCUUUUUUUUGUACGGACACAAAUUUUUGACAAUCGUUUGUACCUGUGACGAAUCGCUUGACUGCAUGAACCAGACUCCGUGUGAAUAUGUGAAGUGACUGAAUUCUUUUUUUAUCGAACUUUCGUCAAAAGUGAUUUUUCGUUUUAUUUCGUGCUGUGCCUGCAACUGCAUCUUUAUGCGCCAAUUGCAACAAUGACAAUUCGAAGUAAUUUCUCGUUCACGCGGAAACUCUGUGAUAGCCAAUGCCAGUAACGCCAUUACUCGGAUUAAGUCAAGUGUGAGAAGAUCGGUUCCUGAUAUCAUCUUGAUAGAAAGCUUGGUGACGUACGCCGAACGGGCCAGUAUUCAUGCCAGUAUGCCAAUCAGAUGCCAGUAGAGAGCCAGUAUCUGUAUCUGUCGCCACCGAUAGCCAAUUAAUAAGUUACUUAGAUAGUUAAAUUAAUAGACGAUACAUCACACGCUGUUUUAUAUAAUCGUUGUUAGAAGACGUCGCUUAAUAGGCGUAACAAAUAUACACGUAUAUAUAUUAUAUAUACAUACACACACGUACAUAUACGCAUAUAUAAAUAUAAUAUAAUCGAAGAAGCAAUAAGUGUCGAAUCGCGGGCUAUUAUUUUCACAUCGUACUCUUUUUUUCUGCCACCACAAUUUUCUCCGCUCGUUCAUUGGUUUGAUUUUUUUAAAUUAUCGGUGACCGCGUGUUCUCUUUAGGAGAGUAUAUUCGUAAGAUUGGACAGAGUGCAAUCGAGUUGUGAUUAUCAAAGUGGACUGACCGAUCGAUUUCUCGGCUGUGAAGUGAAUUAAUACCCCAGGAAAACGAUUGAAACGGAGAAAGGAAGCGAACAGCGUACACAGGCGAGCACGGUGGCUGGAAACGGUGACUUACAUCGAGAGCGCCAACCUGCAAUCAAGGUUCAUGGUUUUCAUGGAUGAGAGCGAGCUCUCGAGCAAGCGGUGGGCCAGUGCGCCCCGCCGCCCGGACAGCCCCUGCGUCCUGGGGGCACCAACGUCUAGGGAGGCGGCGGGACCACCGGUGCAACUGGAACCAGUGGAUCUGUCCGUGAAAACUCCUGUGGUGUUGCAGGUGCCUCGGUAUAGUCCAGCGGCUAUAAUUACCGCCGCGGCUAGAAGAAUCCCUUCACCUUCGACGACGCCUACACCGCCGCCGCUCUCCAUAUCUACGGUGUCGCCGCCUUUGCCGCCUCUGGGAGAAGCAGCGUGGGAGAGAAACCGGGAACGAGAGAGGGUGCGAGAGAGGAGCACGGAGAACGAGCACAGGGAACGGCAGCAAGAAAGAGAAUCAGGGAUCAGAGAGAGGGAGCCGCGGGAUCGAGAAAAGGAACGGGAUCGCGAUAGGGAGAGGCAAAGGGACAGGGAAAGGGACAGAGAGCGGGACGUGUCGGUCCGCAUGAUGGAACCGCUCGAUCCUGUCUUCGUUUCCCCCUCGGCGGCCCUACUCGCGUUACAGAGGAUAAAGGAAACGUCCCUGGUGUUUCACAAGCGUCCCGCGCUCGCGAGUGGGUUAGGAAUCGGCGGCAGAGUAAACGCCGGUGUUGGAGGAAACGGCGGUAGUUUAGCGGUGGACAACGAAUGCGGCGACGCGUUGAAGAGACGCAAAGUUCACCGAUGCGACGUGGCGGGCUGCGACAAAGUGUACACGAAGAGUUCUCACCUGAAAGCUCACAAGAGAACUCACACCGGCGAAAAACCGUACCAGUGCACAUGGGAGGGUUGCACGUGGAAAUUCGCUCGUUCUGACGAAUUAACACGGCAUUACCGCAAGCAUACGGGCCAGAAGCCGUUCAAGUGCCAUCUUUGUCAGCGAUCGUUUUCGCGGAGCGAUCAUUUAUCGCUUCACAUGAAAAGGCACUGAUAAAGAGGACCAUCUAGCCGUUGGAGGAAAGAUAGAGCAGACCGAAGAAGGGGUAGAGACCGUUUUGUCUCGGGAAACCAGAACACGAAUCGUGAUCGUGGACGACGACGAUGAUUCUUUUUUUUUUUUACAUUCGGGACCUGAAGAGCCUCGCAUCGUUGCUCGAAUCGUUUUCAACGAGAACGUGAAGAGUCGGAGGCGGAAACUAGGAGAAAAAAAUGAAGAAGCAAACGAAUCGUUCAUUAGGUUUAGAGGUUUGACCCAUUUGCAUCCGAGCGCGGAUUAAUCCGCGCGCUGCGACUGUUUUCUAUCACCAAGCGCGAAUUAUUACGCAAUCGGACGACUGUGAGAGAUCACGUUUGAUCCGUUUGUCAGCAUCUCGCCUGUAUCAGUUUAUUGUAUUGACCAUUGUAAACAAUUCCACGAGAAAUUUUGUUUAAACAAGUAAUUUUUUCUCUUUCCUCUGUUAUAAAGAAUGUAAGAUACGAUGUUUGCGAAGUAACAUUGUCUAUCAAUCGUUAUAAAUUUUCGAUAAGCUCCAUGAAGAAUUUGGAUGUCAUUUGCUGCACCUACGACCGAUCGCGCGCGGUGAUAGGGACCAGUCCUCUUAAGUAGGGCCAUGAUGCAAAUGGGUUAAUCUAAUGGAAGUAUCAUUGCAAUUAUUGGUGAAUAAUCGUGCGACGAGCCUGCCAGCAAUCGUGACAACGCGAAUCGUUGAAAUUUUUUUACUUUGUUUCUUGUUGUACUGCCUCCGUGAGAGACAAAUUUCUAUUUUCGAUUUGCGUUGUUUUUAUGGCGAACGUACGUAGCGUAAGAAUCGUUGAUAUUUAAAAUAUUCGAUGGAAAUUUAUUUAUUCUUUGUGCAGGUGUAUUUAAAAGAAAAACGGAUAUCGAACGAAGCUUAGCUUCGACGAUAGAAGAAAAAAAAAAGCGAGCGUAGAUAGUAGAGAGGAGCGAUUGCUGCGGGUUUUCCGCAAGUAGCACGCGGUCACUUCUGUUUUUAAUUCUAGCCAAUUUUUACUUGUUCGUAUGUCCAGUUUGUUUUUAUUUUUUUUUUUUUUUUUUUUUUUUUUGUACGGUUAAAUAAGGCCAGCUCAACUAGUCUAGAGCACCAUAUGUAUCGUCUAUUGCGAAGAAUAGAGCCAGUAAAAGGAGAAGAAGGAAGUAAUAUCGUUAAGGUAAUUAAACGGUUAAUAAUUAAAGAGAAUAUCGAACUCCGGUGACGGAGCUUGGGACUUAGCAUGCUCAGUUAAAUAAACUACAAAUCGUGAUCGUUAAACAUUUUUUAAUGCAUUAAAUAGCGAUUUAUCAGAUGAUGCACAAAGAAUUUCGCGUUUAGGGACGGACAAUCAUCGAUGUUUUCAUUGUCAAAGAAAACAAGGGAAUUUGACGCUCUGAAAGCCAGUAUUACGUGUGCAUUAAGCAAUAGAAUUGUGUAUACUAUCGACGGCAUUGCGAUGCUUUUACGAGUCUUUCUUUCGUUCGAUCAUGCAAAAAUUUCUUCGGUCGUAUCGGCAAAGAAGCCGGUAUACCUUUUCAGCCAUGCGUAUACACAAACAAGGUGCCAAAGUAGAAGGUGCAAACGUAUUGUGCGAACGAAGAUGUCCAUUGAUACAUUACGCUCAAUUGUUAAAAAAAGAGAGAGAGAGAGAGAGAAGAAAGCAGAUCGAAGAAUUAUUUUUUAAACGCUUUUGCAUCCCGUUCGUCGAACACGUCACCGCGAUACACGUCUCGUCGAAUCGUGCCACGUGUCAAGCAUCGUCACGAAAAGAAAAAUCAAGCGUUUCCUGCUCGAUUUCUGCACAUUUUAUUUUGGCAUCUACUACGGAACGAGAUAGCUCAAGGAAAAUACAUUCGAGGCCAAUAAAAAGAACUUAAUCUUCGCUCGUGAAACGAACGAAGAAUUAAAAGAAGAAAAAAGAAAAAGAAAAAAAAAACGCAGAACGUAUGUCUACGUUCCUCGUGGUUUUGAGAGAAAGAGUACGUGUAUCAGAGUUCGUGUAAUUGAUGAUGCACCGAGUCGGCUGUUCAAUUGUCGUCAAUCUAAAUGCGUCAAGUGCAUAAACGAAUUACGAGCCUGAAAGUAAUGUUAUCAAAGAAAUUCUAUAUAUAUAUAUCAAAACAUAUCGUACGAAGGCAUCGACUCUGUGCGUCGCAAGUGUAAAACCACGGUAACGUCACGCGAUACGUUCUUAAACGAAGCUGCUCGAAGGAGAAGAUGCAAUAGGAAACACGGUGUUAUAAAGAGUUUGUUGGCUACGCUGAAAGUAUCGCGCGAUACCGCAUUAUUGCAUUUUUUCCUGCGAGUGACUAUGUCGAGGGGAAGUUAAGUUUCCCGUGGCGUUAGCCAGAUGUAUCGCACGAGAAUCGGAUAGCUCGCGAAUUGCAAGCUUGUAAAUAGUUUAGAAACCUUGAGUAACGCGACGUCUGCGUACGUAUAGCACAUGUGUAGCAUUCCCCCGUUUUCUUCGAACCUGUAUCUUCUUUUCAUUUUAAUGUUUUUUCUUUUUUUUUUUUUUGUUCCCUUUGCCACCGCGUCAAUAAACCGUGGCUAAAGGUAGGUGAAACACAAGAAAACAAAACAAAAACUAUUUCGAAGCUAGUUGAAAAAAGAAAAAAAAAUACGAUGGAACAAGAUGCCAGUAUAUGCUAGAGCCAGUUUAUAUCGUUAAAAAAGAAGAAAGGAACCUCUACGUGUAAGAUUAGUGCGAAGAUUGAUAAAUUAAUACUUGUUAUGUGUUGUAUUUUGAUAGGGAAUAGUGCCUUUUAACGUUAAGGAAGAGAACGCUGCGUUAGGCCUUAAGUAUACUGUUAGUGCCUUAAGUCACGCGAAUCUUCGUGCUUGUACACAUUUCAUAACGCGACCAUUCGAAUCCUCGUCCAGAGGACCAGUGAGAUAUAUCAAGCGUUGCUUUAUUCGGUCGAGAUUCAUGGAAAUCAAGUUACAAGAUUCUCGAUACUCUCGUUUAAAUGUCGUUCGAAACAAACGAGGAAAAUUUCGCUAAUCGUAUUAACCGAAUCUUCAUAUCUUAGGUAAAUUUAAUUCAAGAUCCUUGCUUUCGUUGUUACUCCUUCGAUUCACUGUUGCCAAUUGCUUCGUCUUCAUCCUAUUUCGACAUCUACGAUUUCUAUCAUUCUAUCUGUGAUUUUCAUCCGAACGAUCGAUCGCGAAACAACGAAUCACGUUCGAUGGAAAAUUCGUUGGAAACGCUCGUCAGAUAUUUCUCACCUGUUCAAGAAGCAUCCUUUCGUUUCGUAAAGCCCACAGCGAUUUGCGUCGAACGACAAAAUACAUAAGUACCACAUACUCCGUUAUAGACCCGCAGGGACGACCACGCCCCUGGUUGAUGGUAUGAAUAAUUUUCGUGCGAUCGUCACUGCGAAAUUCAAUCCGAAAAUGAACGAGGUGCCACCCAGGAUGCCAUUCUACGAUCUUGAUGACUGAUACCGUUGUACCUUUCCUGUAAGGGAUUUCUUCGGCGGAACAGCCGUCAGUAAUCUGAGCAGAGCGAGGGCGAUGAGAAAUGCAUACUGACGUCAUGCCGACACCCUCUUUGAUCAUUAUCAUUUUUUUCACUGUGAGCUCGUGCCGAGUCGUACGCUUCUUAACGAUACAUCCCAACGUUGUGCCGUUAUAUCUCCACCUCGGGACGAUUCAUUUCGGCUAAUUGUCGACGGGGUGAUAAAACGAUAUUGUUUCCGGUUAACUUUUACCCGUGAAGCCUCUCAUUCGCGAAACGUAUUAACAUACAUCGCCUUCGUCACAUUCGUAUGGAAUCACCUCGUCGUUCUUCAUCGUAAAAUUUCGUUUCGGCCAAACUCACGUAGGUUUCUUUCUUUUCAGAACUCGAUCAGACGAAAUGUACGAUAAAGACGAACCGCUUUCCUCGAUCCGAAAAAUUUGAUCGCUAAACCACAUUCCAAUCUUUUUAAAGUUUGUUGCUACAAACGCCAUAGCUGUUAAAUUAUCGUGGAAGAAUCGUUUAACGAUAAGCCGAGCGACAGGAAGUCAGGGAUUUCUAUAAGAAGCAUAACGACCUUAUCGAGGUCCUUCAAGGUUAGCGACGAACAUUCCACGAGCACACACAUUCCUAGGUCGUGCACGCGUACAAUAGAUUCGCGAAAACCCGGACAAAGAGUAUCGGCAAUUUGUAUUUCAUGUUAAUGAGAAGCUAUUCAAUUUCCCGUAGAAGGUGAACCGUCGGUGAAACAGGAAACCGGGUAAAGGAAUUGAAGGCGACCGAUUUUCUACAAAGGCCCCACCUAGAGAAAUUAGCAUUUCAAGUGCCUUAACAGACGUCAACUGACACCUAACUAAUCGAGGCUACGCGUUCGAAUUGAAAUCACCUUCUGCGAUCGAAUGGACGCUUUCGGCCACUCGGUUGACACACUUCGGUUAAAAAAAGGCGACGUAAAGUGGGAACGAGGGGCAGAGAAAAAUGGAUCGGCAUAAAAUUUCCAUUGGCGAUGAUUGAUAAUUCGAAACGCGGUACGUUUGUGUAUUCGUCCGAAGGAUUUACAAAUAGCGUAUAAAUCGGUUGGAAGAUUUCGGUAUUCGAUCGUUAAAAGAAAAACAUCUGUUCGCGUUCUUUAAUUUUAAUUAAGUUUUAAGAUUGGGAAAAGGAAAGGUCUUUAAAUCAAAGAAUUUUCUCGAAAAGAAUUCGUCUUUCGACAAGGUCUUUCAAAAGUUCAACCCUCCGACGUCGAUCGUUUGGAUCGUCGUUGCUCGAUCGUUCGAUGGGUGUCGACGUACCUGAAUUCGUUGUUAGAUUGUUGAUUUCAUCAUAUUCUCGUGCGCUUACACGGCUGUCGGAAAGAAUUCCAGCGUGGCGUAUUAAUAAUUUAAGAGGUGCUCUUAACGAGCGCGUUCGAGUGAUGUUUAAUGGCCGCGCGAGAGAUCGAGCGAGCGAUCCUUCGAAAACGUGUCUGAUAAAAAAGAAAAGAGUAGGAAAAAGUCACGAUGUAUCGAGCUUUUCGAAGACGUAGCUGACAGGUCAGUCCGUCAAACUAGCGAUGAUUUUCCAUUCUUCGCUUCAAGGGCCAGUAAAAUGAUACACACGACGCGCACACACACACACACACACACACACACACACAUACACACACCACAUAUACGUCGGUCACUAACAUGCAUACCUUAUGAAGCAACCACACGUAUAAAUUGCAUCCUUAAUCUGCGAUCAUGCGCGGUGCUCAAUCUCUCUUGGUGCUUUCGUACGUUGAAUUUGACGUGCGUACAUCGUGGACAAUACGAGGUCGAUUCUUAAAGAUCCAUUACGCAGGAGCGCAAAACGUAUCGUUGCAAGAGGUGUGCACGUGUUUGCGUCUAGGAGAUGUCGAGCCACAUAGGAAACGAAAAGCAAUAGCAAGUAAUAUAUUUACACACGUAGUUAAGUAUAUUCCACGAGUUAUACAACGUUAGUUAAUUGCCUGAAACGCAAACUUUAAAACGCCAUCACAUUCGAACUCAGGAAACGAAAAUGGCUAUCGAGAACGAAUCCAAUUCAUCGAUUUUGAUUUCUCUUUUACGAAAGAAUUGUCGCGUUUUAUGUGGUCCAAGAAUCUCCAACGAUGAAAAAAAAAAAAAAAAAAGAAAGAAACUACGCGAACAGAAACACAGGCCGGUGAUUAAUAAUUUACUCAGAUACGGAAAUUCUCGUUAAGAAAAAGAAAAAAAAGGAAUAAAACGGAACUACUAGAUCGUAAGGAUAGAUACUAGCAGAUAGUAAUACUUGUACAUAGUAUGUAAAAUUAUCCGUUGAUCAUCACCGUUAGUAAAGCAACGGAUCAGCGUAGCAUAAUUUUUCUCGCAAUAAUGUAAUCAAUGGGGGCCAGUAAUUCUCUCUCGGAUCUCGCACGGUGUUAUACACUGCGAGGCGCGUGGCGUACCCUUUUUCUCAGCGAAUUUUUGGCGCAGUCGAACAUACACAAUGCACACACAAUAUACAUAUACACAGUUUCGUCGCGCGUGCUUCUCGUCGAUUGUUCGAACGCGAGCAGCGAAUGAGAACGAUCGAACCUCGCGCGGAAACGCUUUCAGGUUCCUAGAACAGGUGUAAACGAUCGCAUCGAAUGGUAACACGAAUAUGUUGGAUCUACCGCGAUGAAAAUCCGUGGGUCGUCGAUGAACGUGUUUCUAUUGGACGCCGGAACACACGCGAACGCUCGACUGUCGUCGAAGUUGGGAAGGUUUAAAGGGACAGUUCUAACAGUCGCGCGCCACCAACUAUUACUUUAUAAGAAUAUAUGUAACUGUAUAUGUCGCGUAGAGUUGCGUAGGAUCGUUAAUAUAAUAUAUUACACUACGACUCACUCUGUAUAAACGAAGGCAUUAUUAUAACUUUGUACUUUCUAAUUAUACAUUAACCGCGUCGCUUGAGGACGGUCGCUAUUCGUACCGCGCACGUCGGCAGGGGAGGUUCGUUAGUGCAUUAAAAGAAAAAAAUAUAUAUAUUAUAUAUAUAUAAAUAAAAAUCUAUAUAUAUAUAUAGAUAAAUAUAGAUAUAUAUUGUAAAUGUGGUUGUAAUCUUAUUACUGUUAUAUCGAUAUAUCGAUGUCCUUGAUUUGGAUAAUUUAUUUAUUGCGAUGUGAACCGAAACGAAGAUCGUGUAAUUAUCGUAUACCGCGGAAAAGAAGAAAAAAAAAAAAAAAGAAAGAAAGAGCAAACUGAUUAUUGAAGUAAUAGCGAAAUAUUAUUAAUACGCACGAAAUUAUAUAUUUAUACAACGUUAUCGACGCGAGGACACGUCUGAGAGGCGCGUCUGGUCGCGUUAAAGUCCUAAAUUGUGAAUCACGUUUGUGACAGUACGGUCGAGCGGAUAUUUAAAUAUCGUACUUCGCGAUUCCUACUGAGGAAGUAAAAAUUAUUGUAUCGUAAGAGGGCGGUCCGUGGCCCCGUACGUGUCCAUUAAAUAAAUUAUAUCGUCGACAUAAUCGCUAGCACACAAGGUGUCACGUGCGUCCUGUGCGGUACAAUAUCGCGCCAGUCGAUAAUCUUAUUAUCGAAAUGAUGGUUACAUAUUUUAGAUAAUCCUAUUAUCAUUAUCAUUAUUACGAUUCUUAUUAUAAUUGCUACUAUUACUAUUAUUAUUGUAUUUGGCAGGGUUACGACAUUAAAAUCGUAAAAAAAGAAAGACUAACGAG